UCUUCGCUCGCUGUCUUAUGGGAUUUCGUUCUGUAUGAUUCUCGUCUGCUGCUGUUGAUCUAGCAAACACCAAAAGCAGAGAUCAUCAGAUUAAGAACCAACAACCCAGCUAAGAAUAGCCAGAAAAUGCUGCUGAAGCUGCAGAUUCCGGUGAUAUUCCGGCGAAUUUGACUGGUUUUGUGGAUCGAAAAUGCGUGAAACAGUGUUCUGUGAUGAGGAAGACAACAUCGGAAACGGUUACAAGAAGAAGAAAUCAGAGGGAGACAAUAUUAAGGAAGCAACAGAAGCAGAAGAAGAAGUUGUGGUGGUCCCCUCACCGUUCAUCGUUGGUAGGAGCCGAUCUCAGGUCGGAAACACCCGUAGAGUAACCCCAACCAUCACUGCAACCACCGACAUCGGCGGUGACACCCCAACUACACUAGAGAAAAUCCUCCCCAACGGUGAUCUCUAUACUGGAGGCUUCGUCGGUAACGUACCUCACGGUACUGGGAAGUAUCUCUGGACAGACGGGUGUAUGUAUGAAGGUGAGUGGCGAAGAGGUAAAGCUUCAGGUAAAGGUAAGUUUUCUUGGCCCUCUGGUGCUACUUACGAAGGCGAAUUCAAAGCUGGGAGGAUGGACGGUGUUGGUACUUUCAUCGGUGCUGAUGGUGACACUUACCGUGGAUCUUGGAGUGCCGACCGGAAACAAGGGGUUGGUCAGAAAAGCUACGCUAAUGGCGAUUACUAUGAAGGGACAUGGAGGCGUAAUUUGCAGGAUGGGCAAGGGAGGUAUGCAUGGAAGAAUGGGAACGAGUAUGUGGGUGAGUGGAAGAACGGUGUGAUCUCUGGUAGAGGUGUUUUGAUUUGGGCUAACGGAAAUCGGUAUGAUGGGCAGUGGGAGAAUGGAGUUCCAAAGGGAAAUGGUGUUUUUACUUGGCCUGAUGGGAGCUGCUAUGUGGGUUCUUGGAAUAAGGAUCUCAAGCAUCAACAGCUGGUUAAUGGAACUCUUUUUCCGAGUAAGUACUUAAAGGAUCGGAGUGAUUUACAGAGGAGUCCUUUGGCUGAGGAGAACUUUAUGUUGUCUACGAGGAAAAGGUCUUCGGUGGAUGGUGGGAGAAGAAGCUUGGCUGAGAGGAAUUUCCCUCGGAUUUGCAUUUGGGAAUCUGACGGUGAAGCUGGGGAUAUCACUUGCGAUAUCAUCGAUAAUGUGGAAGCAUCGAUGCUUUAUCGUGACGGGACUGAUUUGGAUCGGAGUCUAGAUUUGCAGAGGCGAAGUCCUUGUUUAUUUGCUGGAGAGGUUAAGAAACCAGGACAGACGAUAUCAAAGGGGCAUAAGAACUAUGAUUUGAUGUUGAAUCUUCAACUGGGUAUCAGGUAUUCUGUGGGCAAGCCUGCUUCGACAUUGCGGGACCUUAAACCGUCUGAUUUCGAUCCAAGGGAGAAGUUCUGGACGAGGUUUCCAACCGAGGGAUCGAAAAUUACACCCCCUCAUCAAUCGGUGGAGUUCCGAUGGAAGGAUUACUGUCCCAUGGUGUUCAGAUAUCUGAGGAAGUUGUUCACUAUUGAUCCUGCGGAUUACAUGCUGGCCAUUUGUGGAAAUGACGCCCUGAGAGAACUUUCUUCUCCAGGGAAGAGUGGAAGCUUCUUUUACCUUACACAGGAUGAUCGGUUCAUGAUAAAAACCGUGAAGAAAUCUGAAGUCAAGGUGCUUCUUAGGAUGCUUCCAAGUUACUACCAACAUGUUUGUCGGUACGAGAACUCCCUGGUCACAAAGUUCUUCGGCGUGCAUUGUGUCAAACCAGUGGGUGGUCAGAAGACCCGGUUCAUCGUGAUGGGCAAUUUGUUCUGCUCGGAUUACCGAAUCCACAGACGGUUCGACCUUAAAGGAUCAUCCCACGGCCGUACAACUGACAAACCUGAGGGUGAGAUCGAUGAGACAACCACCCUAAAGGACCUUGAUCUCAAUUUUGUGUUUCGCCUUCAAAGAUCUUGGUUUGAAGAGCUAAUGAGACAAAUCGAUCGUGACUGCGAAUUUUUGGAAGCUGAGAGGAUAAUGGAUUACAGCCUCUUGGUGGGUCUUCAUUUCCGUGAUACCUAUACAGGCGAUAAAUUGGGGUUGUCGCCACUAAUUGUGGCUUCAGGCAACAGGGAAACAUGUCAAGAUCAUAAAGUCAGGAGUGGGUGUCGCUUCUUUGGUGCGGAGCUGCAGGACAUGAAUCGUGUUGUGGCUGGCAAGAAACCAUUGGUUCAGUUAGGAGCAAACAUGCCUGCAAGAGCUGAGCAGGUGAGGAGGAGGAGCGAUUUUGAGCUGUUCACCCCAAUUGGAGGAGGAGAUUCAACUCCACUGCGUGGUGGUUGUGGUGAGAUCUAUGAAGUAAUUCUAUACUUCGGAAUCAUUGACAUUCUCCAAGACUACGAUAUCAGUAAAAAACUAGAGCAUGCAUACAAGUCCCUGCAGGCUGAUCCGACCUCCAUCUCUGCUGUUGACCCUAAGCUCUACUCAAAGAGAUUCCGGGACUUCGUACGCAGGAUUUUUGUUGAGGACAAGUGAUGAAGAAAGGUGAGCAUAAUCAAAGCCAUACAUGGAAUCGAUCAGACUACUGAUCAGAAUCAAGGGCUGCAUGCCUCGGAGAAUAUGAUGCAGGGAUCUGUAGCCUUGUUUAGCAAUGGCCGGCCAGCACUGUAACACGAGGGCUUUUGGGUGUGGCACUGGAGAGGAUUGGCCAUGGCUGAGUUUUGGUGAUCAGCCAUGUUGGAAUUUGGUGAUCAGCCAUGUUCUGGGGGUGGGGAGGGUUGUAAACUGUAAAUGGGGUUAAAUAGGGGGUGAAAUUGGAUUCUGAUUUUUAUUUUUUCUUUUUCCUUCUUUUGGGUAACCAUGAAAUGUGAAGAUUCGGAAGAUAGAUACAGGAAAGAGAGGAAAGCUUCCGAGAAAUUCAAAAUGAGGACUGGAAUAAGAAUUGUACAUAUAAAAGGAGAAUAGAUUAUGGAAAAUUAUUAUAGAUUUCCCCACCCUGUUCC